ACUGUUUCUACCACCGGCGUGUAUAAAAAGCGAAUUGCGGUUACUAAACUCUAUCAGUGCUAGUUAAGUGAUCAGUGCAAAAGCAGCAGUACUAGUCCUUCAAGAAGCUAUCAGUGAAAAUGAAAUUUUUAGUAGUGACCGUUGCCCUAAUCGUCCUCGCCGUGGCCCUUGUGUCCGCCGUGCCUGCCGUCAACGAUGAGUCCAUCUUCGGUGGAGACGUGUACGCAGCCGAACUGGACGGCAGCUUCAACCCACAGGACCCACAGUCGUUCUUCAAGCUGAAGAAGCUGAAGAAAUUGCUCUUCCUGGGCUAAAAGCCUGCCGUUACUAUUCACAGUUCCGCUCUCAGUGGUACAUAGCCAUUUAAACCGCCAAAACGCCCAUUAGCUUUAUCGUUAUUGUUGUCUUAGUUUGCAAAAGUUCUCUGGUUAGUUCGGCCAGUGUUGUGACAGAUUUUUUAAAAACCAGAUAUACAGCAGGUUUACGCAGACAGAGAGAUGGAGUUCAUUCUAGUUCAUUAAAGUUAGUUUUGUUUCUUGGAGCAAGAAUUUGAGUGGUUAAACAUCGGAUGGAGAGAAGAAACGUCGAAUAUCAUGGACUAUUUUCCAUUUAUAAUUCAACAUUCCUACAAAUCUGUACAAGACACGUGCUUGAUCGGACUUCGAUUGCAACACCCAUUAAACAUAUCCGUUUGUAAAUAAAUUAUACUGUUAGAUAAUUA